AUGGCAGGAAACCUUUCAAAUCCUACUUUCACGUUCUACCUCAAAAUUGCAAAAUUUGAUAUCGAAUCCAAUUUAAAGUAUCCCGUGUUCUUCGCUGGAAUUCUGGUCUACAUGUUCUCUGUGAUCUGCAAUACAACUAUUCUAGGACUGAUCAUCAGCCAGAAAAGCCUUCACAAGCCCAUGUUCUACAUCCUGUUCAGCCUCCCAUUGAUCGACUUAAUAGGAAUCACUGCCGGUCUGCCCAGGGUGCUUGUGGACAUUGUAACCGAAACGAAUGAUGUCUACUACCCUACAUGCGUUCUCCAGGCUUUUUUGAUACAUUUAUAUGGAGCUGGCACACUUUUUUUACUGGCAGCCAUGUCCUUAGACCGAUACAUAGCAAUAUGCAAUCCACUCAGAUACAACUCUAUCAUGACUCCUAGUAGAAUAUCUGGGCUCAUAGCAUUUGCAUGGGGCCUUGAUUUUGCCGUAAUAACCGUCUUAUUUUCUCUGCAGGCCAGACUAGUGAAAUGCAAGUCUUUUAUCACAAACGUGUACUGUGACAACCCAUCUUUAAUUUUGCUUUCGUGUGGAGGCGAUUUGAGUGUGAACAACAUUUAUGGUUUAUUUCUGACAGCAUUUAUUCAGAUAACCAGUGUCUUUAUCCAGAUGUUCUCCUACGGAUGCAUUGUAAUCACAUGUGUGAAGCAAACACACGCUGAUUCAAGGGUUAAGGCUUUAAAUACUUGUGUGGCUCAGUUCACUACGUUUAUUCUCUUCGAAAUGGUGACGGCUGUUGCUAUUAUAUCAUAUCGGAUUCCUGAAUUUCCUCCCACUGCACAGAGAGUUUGUGGCUUGAUGAUUUAUGCUGUCCUGCCAGUUGUCAAUCCAGUUAUAUAUGGACUGAAAAUGAAAGAUAUCAGAAUAGCAUUGUUUGUGGUUUUAAGAAAGCACAAAGUUGUUGCAGGUAAAAAAACAGAUGUUGUUAAAAUCAGAAAAUAA